CCCCCCCGCGGGCAAGGCCGGACCCCCCGGCUCCUUCUUCUUCCUCCUCCUCCUCCUCCCGGCGUCCGCCCGGCCGCGCCAGCUCUCCGCGCCGGCUGCGAAGCGGAGCCAGGCGGCUUCUUCCCCCGGAGCCUCAGGAGCAUCGCGGGGGCAGCUCCGACGCCGCCUCCGCCGCCGGCCUGGCGCCCGGCGGGAUGCGGGGCAAGUGUUGAACUUGGGCUGCUUUGCGGAGGGCGGGCGGUCCGCGGCGCCCCGGACGGCCGGAGGGAGCGAGAUACCUUGGCAGCAGAGGGCCAUUCCGCGGCCAACACCACCCAGUCUCCGAAUUCGGAGGGCCGCACGUCCGACUGGCGGUCUGGCAAAACAUCUUGGUUGAAUGAAGUUAAGCUGCGGUUGAAGAACAGGCAAAGUGAUCCGUUGGGCAGCAGAUCACACUCCUGGCAGCCAGCCAAGUUCCCUGAGACCCCAGCCGAUCUCAGUAUGAUGCAAGUAUCUCAGGGGACGAUAAGCAGUCCUUGGCAUCAAGCCUACCAUCCCAGUUCCUCCACCAACGACCUCUCCAACUUCGACCAUGGCUUUUUAAGAAAAAGUCCCGACCAGUACAGCUCCAGGGGAAGCAUGGAGAGUUUGGAUCCCCUGCCGGCGGGAUACACCCAUCCUUCCUGCCAUCUUUCGCCGGCCAAGUCCACCAGUAGCAUCGACCAACUCGCUCACCUUCACAGCAAGAGGGAUUCUGCUUACAGCUCUUUCUCCACCAGCUCCAGCACCCCUGAAUAUCAGCUGCCUCCCUUCUGUAAGGAGAGGUCCUAUUCCAUGGAGAACGUCCAUUCCCGGGCCAGGCCGCAAGAAGGCGGCAUGCGGCAGGCAGACAUCAGGUACAUUAAGACGGUCUACAAUGCCCAGAGAGGCGUUUCAGAGGAAUACGAAGUGAAGUCUUCUGCCCUCGUACCCAGCGGGGAGGCCCACCCUAAAGGUUACAGCGCCAGCAGGCCGCACGGCCAUCACAAAGGCCCGCAGGCGCGGAAUUCGUUGGACAACGAGAGCCAGUAUGCGAAGGGGCCUCCCAUGCCGCCCACCAGAAGUGACAGCUAUGCAGCAACCAGGCACCACGACAGGCCCAGCUCUUGGUCUAGUCACGAACAAAGAAAGGCCUUGAGGACCCAUUCCAAAAACGCUUGGCUUCUCCUAGGCCAGGGCACAACACCUCCGGGACAGCUCUCGAAACCGGCAUUCCUAGAAGGACAGCUCCAUACUGUGAUGGAGAGGAGUCCAGAAGGCAGCCCCACCAUGAAGCCCAAACAAGGUUACCCCCAAGCUACUCAACCAGGACAGCCACUGCUACCUACCGGGGUUUACCCCGUUCCUUCUCCCGAACCACAUUUUGCUCUGGUUCCUCACCCUUCUGCGAACAACAGCGGGCUGGUGUACCCGGUGCUUGCCAAAGAAAGUGGCCACAUUCCUCCUUCUCCAGCUUCUUUCCCAACUUCCUACGAAAAGGGCAUUUCCUGCAAGCCGCUUCCUGUCGUGGAUGAGAACGGAAACCAGAGCAUCCCGAGCAAGGCAACCGUCUUCUACCAUCCUGAAUGUGGACCCUCCGGAGCAGGGAAAAAAAAGAUGGACAACGAGACUUCGAAAGUCAUCUUGUACAGGACCCAUCCACAAGCCUACCCAACCUCUCCGAGACAGGAGGAGGAAGCAGAGCCUAACCCAACAUCCUAUAUAGCACAACCCAACAUCCAAGAAAGUGCAAACGAUGCCCAAUAUUUGAACCAUGCUUUUCAGCCUUGGUCGUUUCACCUACGGGAUGGGAUGGCCGAGAACAAAGCCUGCUGCCCGUCAAAGGCGUACAGUUCGGAAGAACAGCAAGAGGACUGGAAUGCCAACCUGCGGAUAAAUGAGUGCGAUCCUACUGCACAAAACCAGUGGAAUCCCAACAAGGCGAAGCAGUACCUGUUCUCUUCCUUGCAAAAUAUCCCAGAGAGUACUCAGCUUCAAAACCCCAUGGAUUUGAAGGAGGCGCAAUCAGGCAGGACUUGUUCGGGUGCCAAGUGGCAUUUUGUUAACUAUGCCAACCAGGAAGAAAAGGAUGUUAAAGAGCAGGCCCCAGAAUAUUGGCAGGACAGAGAAUGGCGUGCCACAGAAGAUCACCGAGAUGCCACUACUAGUGCUGAUUAUAGCCACGGGACGGAACCAAAUUACGAGGAGCCUUCUGCUCCGUUGCUCCCACAGACCUCCGAUUUCAGAGCUGACCAGUUCCGAUCCGGCAGCAACAACAGCUUUCAACCCCCCUGGUCUGGGAAAAAGGAGUCUAGGAAGACCCGAUGUUCUGUGCUAGAGAAGGUCAGCAAGAUAGAACGACGAGAACAAGGCCAUCAGCGUCCACAGAGCGCAAAUAGCUUGAGCCAAAAUUCAAAGAAGUCCGGCGCUGAAGAUAGCCGACGUAGACAUAACUCUCAAGAAUAUGGUCAAUUGCUGGAUGAACACGGCAGACCGGCCAGCACAAAUAACUCAGACCUGUACCUGAAUGUGCUCUACCUAAACGAAAGAAGCACUGGCAAACCAGAAAAGGCCAACCGCUAUUCUGCAGAGCAGCAGAGGGCAAUCGCGGCGGCUUUGGCAGCGCCGCCAGAUCAGCAGAGCACCUACCGCCACGGGGGCUCCAGCAAGGAGCCGCACAAAAAGUCUGGGCAGCUACAAAGGAGCCGAAGUACGUUCCAAUUGUUGGAUGAACCUGAGAGAGAAGUCUUACAGAAAGUCAGUGCCAAGGAAUCACAUGGCUCUCAGCGGGAUGGCCCCGUUAACAGGACUUACAGGAACAGCAUUAAGGAUGCCCAGUCGAAAGUUUUGAGGGCCACCUCCUUCAGGCGCAAGGACCUCAACAUUAGUCCUGCCUUUGGGAAGGAGGCUCAGAGAAGUACACCACGACCCGCUUCAGCCCACACCGGGAUGAGGAGCACGACAGCUUCUCCACAUACCCCAAAGGAGAGGCAUAGCAUCACGCCGACGGAGAUAAAGAUGGAUCCUAUCAAUAAAGAUGGACCUCUGCACAUGCACCGUAUCGGAGGAAGGAAACGGCUGACUUCUGAGCAGAAGAAGAGGUCUUACUCUGAACCGGAGAAGAUGAAUGAAAUAGGUGUGUCGGAUAAUGACCUCUCGCCGUCCUCACUUCAGAAGAAGAUGCUCCAGUUUGUCUUCCAAGAGAGCACCGUGGCUGACCGACGCAAGAUCUUCGAGAAGGAGAACAAAGCUUGUUCCACCAUCAAUCUCUCCAGGCCGGAGCUGAAGCAGCUGCAACAAAAUGCCCUGGCAGAUUACAUUAAACGCAAAAUCGGGAAGCGCCCCUCGUCGGCUUCCCAAGAAAGGGAAGGAUCGCAGACCCCAUGCCGGCAAACCAAUGGCCAAGAGAGUCAGUCUUUGUCCCCGGCGUCUAGCAUGAAUUCUCUCCAAGACCAGAGCCUAUUUCACACGAGGGAAACUCUAGAAUGGGCCUCUAGAAUGGGGCACGUUUAUUCUCCUCUGCCUGGGCUCCAUGGCUGCUUUAAUCCCGUUGAAUUCGAGAACAAGAUGGCGGGCCACCCGAAUCACGGUAGCAGCAAAAGCUCCACGCCCACUUGGCUGAAAGCAGACGGACGCCCAGAUCAUAGAGUUAAUCCCGAGCUUACGAAAAGCACGCAGACCGAUCUUGACAUUUGCACCCCGCCGCACCCCGUCCACCAGAUCCUGGAGAAAAAGACGCGGCUCACCAAGAAGCCUGGGAAGUCAGCUUCUGCAGAAGACCUCCUGGAUCGGACAGAAAGCCAGCCUAUGACCAUGCACGUCCGAUCCAGGUCAUCUCCCUCGGCCGAUAAAAUGUGCCAGGAUUUUCAGGGGGAAGACAGUAAUCAAAUUUCUCAUUUUAUGAAAGAUCCUUUCUACGUACUGGGUGCUACAAGCAGGUCAUUCGGCAAUAGCAAAAGAGGCCACCUGGAAAAAUCGGCGUUCACGCAAUACCGUCCUCACCACAGCAGCGAGAAUGUGGGUAGCUCGGCGCCACCCACGGAGAGACAGAAGGUCCCUGAUAUCCUCCGACAUCACAGCCGGACAUCAGCGUUUGUCUCCCCUUGCCCCGAUAUGAAGGAGAAGCAUUCCGAGGCCAAACAAGGCUUCCGACGGGUCACGCCUUCCAAAACCAGCUAUUCUUCCCGCAGUUCUGCAUCUUCUACCCCGACCCUUUCAGACUUUUCCACUGCUGGAGAAAAUGCCCUCGCGAGGUGGCCGCCCAGAGCUGACAAGGAAGACAAUAACAAAGUUCAGAGCCAGGUCCUGGAAAGUGUCAAUCACACAAGCAAGGAGCCAACAGAAGAAACAACCUGGAGGUCCAAGUCGACUCUGUCUCAAAGACAAGCCCCAGCUAAAAUGAAAUGGGCCAGAGAGGACAGCCAUCCAAAGAGCUCCACUUCUGUUCAGACAUCUGGCCAGAAGGUUUUCCAACAAUGGCAUGGGAUCCCCUCUAAGAAUAGUUCUUUCUCUGAGCCAGAAUCGCUCUCUAGUCAAGGAAGGUUGUCCCUUCGUAUCUCAGAGACCUACCUCCAGAUAUCCCCACCGCCGUUCUUUCGAGAAGAGGAGGACGAUGAUGUUUUCAUCCAUGAAGCCCAGACUCAUCCUAUGGGUCCUCUAUCAGAAUAUCCGCCACCUCCUGAGAGUCCCAUUGAUAAUCUAGAAGAAUUUCCAUCGCCACCCCCCAGUGUGGCAUUUGAAGAGGAUAAUCCAGCAUCAGAUAGCUCUAUAAGUCUUGCAGACGAGAAGAUAACAACAAGGAACCUCAACGCUUUCUCCAGGGACUUCACCGUGAGAGAGAAAGCAGGACCAGACUUCCUCAGGACCAACAUCUCUCCAUCCGUUGGAUCUUCAGAACCCAAAGCAACCGGAGUGCCCCCUUCUCCGGAAGCCCAAGAACGCCAUGCUGCCAUCGAAGGAACGGUUGAGAAGGAACCUUCUCAAGAAGCCGCAACGGCAAACGAGGCCUCCGAGAAGAAGGAGUUCCGCCUCAAGAAGAGUAAAAGGAAAGAGAAAACGCGGGAGGAUCUGAAGGAAGAGUCCCUGGCUAAGGAAAUCGUGCACAAGGACAAGUCGCUUUCCAGCAUCCUGGAUCCGGAGUCGAAGAUGAAGACCACGAUGGACCUCAUGGAGGGGAUCUUCCCCAGAGGCUCCGGGGUGCUUAAAGAAAGUGCAAAGAAAAGAAUAAUGCAGAAAAGGAUAAAGGAUUCUGCCAGUAAUUUCUCUCCAGCCGGCAACAAGGGCAAUGAGAAGGAAGCUGCUAUGAUGAUGCCGGUCGCCUGCCCAACGUACUACAGUGUGUCUGUACCCAAAGCUGAACUUUUGAAUAAAAUCAAGAAUUUGCCUGAAGAAGCAGGUGGGAAUGAUGAACAGGUGGACAUCAAUGAGAAGAAGGCCGAACUCAUUCAGAGCUUGACCCAUAAACUGGAGAUUCUGAAGGAAGCCAAAGAGAGCCUCCUGGCAGACAUCAAGCUGAACAACACCUUGGGGGAGGAAGUGGAAGCCCUGAUCAGCCGCCUGUGCAAGCCCAAUGAAUUUGACAAGUACCGGAUGUUCAUUGGCGACCUGGAUAAGGUGGUCAGCCUCUUGCUUUCUCUCUCAGGACGCCUGGCUCGAGUGGAGAACGUUCUCAGCAGCCUCGGCGAAGAUGCGGAUAAACAAGAAUGGGUUUCUCUGAACGAAAAGCGGAAGAUGUUAGCAGGCCAGCAUGAAGAUGCCCGUGAGUUGAAGGAAAACCUGGACCGCCGAGAACGUGUGGUCUUGGAUAUCCUGUGCAGCUACUUCUCGGAGGAACAGCUUCAGGAUUACCAACACUUUGUGAAGAUGAAAUCGGGGCUGCUUAUAGAACAGCGGGAACUGGAUGACAAGAUCAAACUCGGGCAGGAACAACUCAAGUGCCUCUUGGAGAGCCUCCCCACAGAAUUUUUCCUGGAGAGCAAAAUGGCCGCCGAACCUCCAGCGAUCCUGGGGAUUAGCUGCGAGAACAGAUCUACCCCAUCUUUCCUCUGACCUCCUCCAGAUGAAGCUCACGUUAAAACGAACAAACUCCUUGCGUUUAUUUAAUCGGAGACAAGAGUUUUAACUUUUGAAAUCGAAGGCGGAUUCGUUUUAUUCUCUUUCUAAUUCACGUAGGGAACUCAAAUCAGCCAUGAAGAUUUUACGUUCUUUUUUCUUUCCCUCCGCCAAAGUCACUUUUUCAAAAGGCAGCUGGAUUUUGUUUUUUUCUCAUGAAGAUGUUCCGCUUCUCAUCCAAGGAGCUUCUUCCGUUCUGACUCCAGAAGCUUCUUGGAUGAGGAGCGAAGCGUCUUCGAGGAAAAACAAAGUCCUGGCUGCCUUUUGAGAAAGCGCCUUCAGGACAACCAUGAUCAGGAGGAUUGAGAAGCUCCGUAGACAUUUACAUUAUUAUUUUUUUCCCUUCUAUCUGCAAUCACAGCAAAUCUUUAUCCGGAGCACAUGAGAAAGAGCUUUGUUCUAGUGGCUCAAAAUGACCCAGGAAGGAAUGCCUUGUGCCCUAGGAAGGACAUUCGCUUCCGACCCUUCUGAGUUCAAGCCGUGCCCGUUGAGGGAGCUCUCCUCUUCCAGCUCCAGAUUAAAUUAUGAAGGAUCUACAAUAAUGAAGCCUUAAUUAAAAUAUCGAUGAGCUCUCUGCUGUGUCUUGAACAAUAUUUAUAUUUUUUAAAGCUACGAGACGGAAUUCUGUAAAGAUUUUGUACAUAGACACUACUAACCGUUGGUCGUUUCGAUUCUACUUCAACCAUGGGGGGGGAUAUGGUUUUAAUUUUUAAUUUGUGUGUGUGUGUGUGUGUGUGUGUGCUUAACAACAACAAAAAGAAGCACCUCCCCCAUCCCACAUAGCGGGGAGGGGCAAACACCAUAGUCUGAAGCAGCUGUGUGGAUGAUGCUAAAGGACAAGCUGAAAAGAAAGUUUUGGGCUCCGAGUCAGAGAUUCCUCGUACACACAACUAUUGACACGCGAUAAAGUUCACUUUGUGCUUAUCGGCUUUAAAAAAAAAUGGGACGCAGCUGCAGUUCCCACAUUGGCGAAAGGAAAGAAGUUGGACGUUCUCAAUUUUACGGGGAUGAGGAUCCCCCAUUUUGGCGUCGUGGUCCAGGAGUUGUACACUUACAAUCCAUGAGGACUGCCUUCUCUCCCAGGUUUUGCAGAUCAAUUUGCGCUUCUCUGCACAGGAUUUUACGGCAGGGGAGACCUCUCUGCCCAAUUUUUUCCUCUCUAUGCUCAGCAGGAUCCCGUUAGGUUGGUGAGCGAGAUGCAUAUGCCUAGAGUGUCUCUCCGCCUUACCAUGCGCCAGCAGGUGGGGCGGGAGGACCUCUCCCUUUGAACUUCCACCGAAGGUACCAAUUAAGGGACUUGAGAAUGUUUUUGCACAGCAAAAUACUGUCUUCCAAGACUGCGGUGUGAGACCCAACCCAACCCAACCUAGCACUUGUGCGAACCAUACAACUCAGGAGUCGGCACGACACAGAAGCUUCUUCCUACAUUUUCCCGCGUGACUCUUUUAAAAAAAACAAUAAAAGUCGGAACACAUGUCCGCCUGCAAAGGGUCGGAGAAUUUCUCGAGGUGUUUUUUUAUUAUUAUUUUUUUCUUCCCAAUCUCUCUCUUUAUUUAUAGAUUUUUUUUAAAAAAGAACAAAACAAAAUCCUUGCUUGUUUUUAAACACUGUGGUUUCUUGGUUUUUGCUAACCUCUUUGGCUUGGACUGUCCGUAAAAGCGAUCCAAAACUAAGAUAUAACGUAGCACAAGAGUUGGGCGGACCGAAUUGACAGUCACACAGCCAAAUGGGAUUUAUUUUUCUUCUUCUUCUUCUUCUUCUAAAUUCAGUCCGAAGGAUUUCUUCCUAAUUUAUUUACAGCAGGGAAGUUAUUUCCUCUUUUCUAUAUUUUGUAUGCUCUCGGAGCCGUCGCUCUACAAGGCUCUACGUUGCUUUAUAGAUCAGGGCUUCCCAACUUCGGCCACAUUCAAGACGUGGACUUCAACUCCCAGAAUUCCCCAGCCAGCAGAGGAGUUGAAGUCCACGUGCCUUGAAAAGUGGCCAAGGUUGGGAAACCUAGAUCAGGGGUCUCCAAGCUUGUCAGCUUUUAAGACUGGUGGGGCUUCCAUUCCCAGAAUUCCUCAGCGAGCCAUUCUUGGCUGUGGAAUUCUGGGAGUGGAAAUCCAGCGCAAGUCUUUAAAUUUGCAAAUUUGGAGAGCCCCGCUUUAGAUGAAUUCAAGGGGCAGGAAUGUAUGUGAUAAAUCUCUAAAAACCUGUUGCUUAAAAGCUUUAUG